CCGCCCUGCACGACCUGCGGCGCUGGACGUCGGUGGAGGCGAUGGGCGACGUCACGGUGCACCCGGACUGCACCAUCCGCAUCACCUCGGACACCACCACCGGGCUGGACGCGAGCGAGGAGGUGGACGGCGUCGGCGGCGAGGCGGUCCGGGACCAGCGCGCCGCCGGCGACGCGACGCUCUGCGCCUCGGUGCGCCAGGACGAGGUGGACCACCAGCUGCCCACCACGGAGGAGCAGGUCAAGGCCAUCGCGGGAAGGUUCCCGCCAGAGGUCGUCAAGAUGGACGUGACCGGCCGGCCCUUCACCAGGAUGUCGCGGCACCGGCGCUCGCUCAUCCACCCGGGCCCCGCGGCGGACGCGGUGGUCGACGCGGAGGUGCGGCGGAGGACGCGGCCGCGGCGCCAACGCAGCCGGCGCCGGAACACCAUCGCCGGCACGGACCAGAAGGAGAUCGAGGAGGCUCUGGGCGCGGACCGGUCGGCGGCCGAGGCCGGCGGCGGCACGCUCGCCACCGUGGACGACAUGAUCCUGAGCAGCAGCGCCGUGCUCCACCCCAAGUGCGCCAAGGAGGCGCACUCGGACCUCAAGAAGUGGGCGUUCAACUCGCUCAAGCGCUGGGGGCGGUCGCGGCUGCGCGCCAUCGGCCAGCUCAACUCGUCCACCUCGUCCAACCUCGUGUCGGGCGAGCUGCACGCUGCGGACCCCGUGGACGACAUCAACGUGUACGAGACGGUGGCCGUCAAGCGGCGGGGCGCGGGCAACAUCCCGAUCACGGCGGGGCUCUCGGGCCCCAUGUCGCUGGCCGUCAAGCUGCGCGAGGGCGCCCUGGGCCACCGCCGGCUCAAGAUCAGCGACGACCCCCCGCACUCCAGCAGCGGAAACUGGAGCGCCAGCUCCGAGAGCGGCCGGGCGUCCGUCAACUCGGACUCCAGCCACCAGCCCAAGUCCAGUACCUGUAGCAGUGUGUUACCCAACCGUAGAAGAUUCAUCAACCACUCCACGUCUUCGUCUGUCACCUCAGAAGGAACUCUUACACCAGAGGAUAUGGCGGCGGCUCCGUUUUUGGAUGAUGGUGAAACGAGCUCAGUCUAUUCUUGUGACACUGAAGGCUAUUAUACAUCAUUUCACAUGGAUAGUGGUCUGAAAACCCUGAAGGAGGAGGAGGUCGGAGCUGGUCUGUCCCUCCCUGCCACCCCGAUGCAUUCCACAUCUGCCCUUUCUAACUGUUCAUCUGGAAGGGGUUCUGCCAGCCUAGCCCAGCUGACAGCAGAGAGUGAAUACGAAUUAUUUGGAAAAGGCUCAACAUCAACGACAGCUAGUUCUGCAGGAACUGUGUGCACUACUCUGCUGGUGGAUAAUAGUAGAGGAGGGGACAAUAGUCUUGGAAGUGACCGCUCUCUUAGUAGUAAAGGACCAGCUGUUCCGGAACGAAAGAGCUCCCUUAAUGUUCCAUGCUCAUCGCAAGAGUGUCCACCAUGUUCUACUGUGGUUGCCCUUAUACAUAACACAAGUCAAGGUCAUUCACCACGGUCUCUCUCGGGAGAUUCCCCUGACAGUGGACACAAUACCUCAAGUUCCCCCGCCAAUUCUGUGAGUGGUCCUCGAGACAUGGAGACUGAUGCCCUCAUAUCACCUAUUCCAAGUUUAGGAUCAGAAAUGGAAUUUUCAGAGUGUUCUGAUUUUGAAGGCACAGAUCGUAUAGAAAGAAUACGUGUAAAAACCACAAUAAAUACCAGUAGAAUUCCAUCAAUGUGUGCAAUCACUCCACCUCAAAGUGACGAUGAAACCAGUGUGAGACAAUUUGCAUCCAGUGGGGAUGAUAUAGCGAAACCAAAUAGUAAUGUUCGAGCAGCUGCACCUCUUCCUCAAAAUACUAGGUAAUUUUGAUAACAGAGGUAUUUCAUAUAAAA